UUGUGAAGCGAAGUCGAAAUCGCAGGUCGAGCGCUGCUGAUCGUCGUCGUAGUGGUAGAUGAGGGAAACACUCGGCUUGUCCCCUUUCAAACACCAAGUCCGUCAGUUCAGUUCUCUCCGCGCGACACCAAAAUACAUCAGCAUUCGAGUGUUUGUCCGUCAGUGACUGGCAGCGCGGCCAUGUUUGAGUACGAUUUUUGAAGUUCGGUGGCGAAUUGUUCGACGUUUUUUGCCCGUAGCUUUCGCUGCAUUCGCUUUGCAGUGACAUUUUUUUGACAUCUAAAGGUCCCAAACGUCGCGAAGUGAACACUCGAGGGGGCGAAUUGUAACGGCACACUGGAGGAUUGUACCAUUUGCUCCCGUCUUAGCUGAUCCAACCUAUUUGGUGGCUAUUUUUCUGCUCGGAAAGUGCCGAUCAGAAGCGAACCGAUAGGGUGGAGGGCCGAGAGCGGCGAAGGCGCAGCAUAUUAGCCAGCGCGGCCAUAGCGGAGGAGGAAAAAUAUGAAGAAAAUAGUUCGAAAGGUAUAUGGAACAACUACAUCCGUUCAGCAGCAACAACAGCAACAACAACAGCAGCAGCAACAACAACAACAACAUCAAAACACAAUGCAGAUGAACGCAGUGCGGAAGAUUAACAGCUUGCUGCAGAGUGGCGCCGUUAGCGUGACCGGAAUCUCCGGUAAUCAACCACGAAUGGUUCAGAAGAAGCCCAUUAACAGCCAGCAGACCAGCGUCUCGAUCACAACCACAAACAGCUACGUCUCCAAACAGCAGAAAUGCUACGUGUGCGGGGACAAUGCGGGAAUAAAUGCCACACUGCUGACCGAAGCAUCGACGGCAACGUCACAAACAGAGUUCACAUCGAAAAUUGCGAAAAUCGUGGGCGAAGGCUAUAUGGUCAUCAUAGGCACAGACGAUGUUGUGUGCAGGCGAUGUAUCACACUCUUCAAUCAGAUGGAUAAGCUCGAAACAGAUCUGGAACACGUUAGAAAUACUUUAACGAAUUAUAUUCACAAAAAGUACAACAUAUUGGACGAUGAUCCGGCCGCGGCUCCCCCUCCGGCGAAAAUACAGAAGCUUGGAGGGACUGGCAGUACAGCAUCGACUUACAGUAUAAAAACACUGAAUGACACAGGGCGCGAAUCAGCGGAUUUACAGAGGAAGAUGAACACCGACGUGAACAACAUGGAUAUAGAAAGUCAGCUGUCAAAUAUGUUCGACAAACCACAACAGACUGUGACACAUGCGAUACAACAGCCACAGCAGCAAAUUCAGACAACAAAUAAUGGGGCAAACGUUGUCAGCAGUACGGCACAACAGAUACCAACGACGACUAUUCGUCGGAAUCCGAUAAAAAUGUACAAGUGUAUGUCCUGCGACUUCAAGACACAAGAUCUAACGCAGUUCCAGCCUCACUACGAACAGUGUAAAUCGAAUGCUGCAACCCAACAGGUAACAACACCCACAACCACAGCCACCACGACCACCUCUUCGGCGUAUCGUUGCAAGCUUUGUAAAAAGAUAUUCGCCUCUGUUGCACUCCUGAAGCAGCACAAUGCACAGGAACAUCAACAUCCUGUUCAGCAAUCAACUGAAAUCAAGAUUAUAGAUCAGCAAGGAUCCGGUUCCACGAUACAACAACUUUACGCCUGUAAUAUGUGCACUUAUAAGACCCCGGACAAGCAGAACUAUGAUGAUCAUCUUCGUAAGCACAUCAAACUAAAACCCUUCAAAUGUCGGGUUUGUCUAAUGCGCUUCGAAACACGCGAGCAGGCUUCUAUCCACGCAAAGACUCACCAGCCGGAUUAUUUCAAGUGCGGUAUCUGCAAUGUAACGUUCAACAAACGGGAAUUGCUGAUGAAACAUUUGGAAAUUCACGACAAUGUUAGAAGACAUGCAACGGUACAGAAACAAACCACAGUUAAUACGUCCCAGCAACAAAACCAGCAGACGACGCAACCGCAGGUACACAUCAAGAGUGAAGUUCCCGUGGUUAACCAGGUGGCCGAUUCUUCCACUCAGAAGCUACUACAGGCAACGAUCGAUGAGGCCCUUCGGGAGACGAUUGGUGAAACAAUCGACGCUAAGUCUAUCCAAUUCCACACGUGUAACACCUGCUCCCUGACAUUCCUUAACCAGACGCUCUACAGCCAGCAUAUGAAGAUGCACACCGGAGCAGCGGGCGGAGGGGCAGCUGUUCAGACUCCACUGACCAGCAGUCAGACGGUUGGGGGCACCACAAUUACAACUAGUAAAAAGAUGGUCAGUGCUAAUGCGGCUACGCUGAACAACGGUGGGCAGGAACAACAACUCCACGGAAAGCUGUUAGCACCGGGUGCAACCGGGACGACACUCACCACCAGCCAUAACAACACGAUCUCCGAUGGAGAUCUCGAGAGUAUAUUCGAAAAAAUACACUCCGACAAGAAUGACAUCAAUGUGGGCGACAAUCUGGUCAUCACAAGCCAGGAUAACGCCAGCGGCAACAUUACGUACAGUAUCACGCUUGCACAGCAGGGACAGGACGGCGUGACGCAGGGUCAAACGUUUGUGCAGCAGCAGCAGCAGCAACAGCAAUUAGAAGGCGUCGAUGGUAAAAUGGCAUCGGUCGGCAUUGACAUGCCAACGCUGGACCAUGGCGACGAUCAACAGCAACAUGCGGGAGGUCAGGUUCAGACGAAACAGGAGACGAUGAACAUGCCAGUCAGUAUGCCUAGCCUGGAUGACGACGGCGAACAGUCGCAGAACAGUCAGAACUCGAACGCGGAAGGUGUCCCCAUUGAGCUGGAAGGUAUGCAGGAUGCCGACGGACAACAGAUCAAAUUUAUUCUCAACGAAAACGGACAGCUGCUGCAACUGGACAACCAUAUUCUUACCACCGACGCCGAUGGUAAUCAGAUUCUGGUUCAAGGCACUGACAGUGAGCAAAUUCAGCAGCUGUUGCAGAGCGUCGGAGUUGUGAUGCAAGGUGGCGAAGGUCUGGGGGAAGGCGAAACCCUGCAAAUGAUCGGUGGUGAUGGUCAAACAGGACAGAUGAUAUUGGUGCAAGGAGCCGACGGACAGGAACAGCUGAUAGAUGCGUCUCUGCUGAAUGCGGAUGGGAAUAUAGUGAUUCAGCAAUCUCAGGAGGGUGAACUCAACGCUGAAGGUACACAUAUAACCACCGAGGAUGGACUGCAAAUUCCUGUCUCCGUAUCGUUUACUACCUCCGGUGAAGUGGAUCAGGAAGGCAAUCUAACGGUUGCGAUGGCCGGUGGGGAAGGUGGUGAGCAGCAGAUACAACUUCAUCUCCAGCAGGCGGAUGGCGAAGGUGACGAUCAGCAACAUAUCGAUGAGAGCGGCGGACAGCCAACGAUUCUCACUGACGGUGGUCAUAUAAUCCUUCAUUCCCAAGAGCAACAGAAACAAGAUGGCGACAGCAAUCAGAACGCGAACGCAUCGUCCGUGCAGAGUACAGUAAAUGCAACCUCUGGUCCCACUGGUAAUGGAGCGACGGGAGGUAGCAGUACAAAUUCCGGAGCGAUGACGGCUUCCGGGGCAGACGAGCAAGGAUUGUUUAACUUCGAUGAACUCAUUCAGCCACAAGUGGUAGUGAAGCAACAGACGGAGUUGCGUAAAGCAGAGCCUCUGGUAGCAGAAGUUGUUGCAAGCAAGAAUAACGAGCAGAAGAAGAGUCAGGAGGAGAAUGCUAAAGCAAACGCUUAAACUGUCAAUACCACCUCCAAUCCCAUCACCACUCAGCAUAGCUCAUUAGCCAUAGCGAAUCCAAAUCAAAUGUGGUCUUGAUUCCGAUUUUUUACAGCCGACUAAGUAGGCGCUGGAGGGAUGAAUCUGUCUGUGCGCCUUUGUGCAGUCCAAAGGUAGUGUUGUCGCUGUUGCUACCUACGCUUAGCGAGCGGUCGAUGGAGGAACAUCCGUUUGUCGCGUGCGCGAUGAUCAAAUGUGCUUAGAUGUGGAAGCACACUCAAAUAGUUUCGUAGUUUUGUAACGAUUGAUUCCGUUGUAAAACGUAACGACAGUUUUCUAGAGAUAGGCAACUUGAUUUUUGAAUACGAGAAAUAAUAUCGUUGCAAACGUAUAUAAGUAGAAUACAUAAGUGAAUAAUGUAUAUAGUAUGAAUUGUAUGUACAUGAUAAGAUGGAAAGAAGGUAGAACACACCGAAAUAAGUUUGUAAAUACGCCGUAUUGACUCUAAUUUUAAAUAAAACUAGGGAGCAGAAGAAAUGCGAGUGGUUUAUCUAAGGCGUUUGGUUUUAUGAAUUCAAGGUUUGUAUGCUUUUUGUUUGCUUUAAGUUAGUUUAGAUAUGCCUGAAUACGCAAAAAAAACGUAUAAUUGGUUUCAGUAACGCGAACAAUCUCUUUUGGAGAUUCGAUUCCUUCGUAACCCAGAUAAGAAGGGAAAAGUCUCAUAAAACAUCAACACACAUCCAAACAGAAAUGGCUUCAACAUAGUUUCGGUAUAUUUCAAACACAUAGACUCGUCUCGCACAUUAGUGGCCACACUUUUUGCAAAACCUAGAGAAUAUCCUUUGAAUGAGUAAAACAAAUAUAAUAACAUUAUUGAUAAGUGAAUAACAAAUAAUAAAAAAACAAUCUAGUAAUACUACACUGAUGCUAUUUUAAAUAUUUAAUUUUAGGGGAUAUAGAUUACUAUUAUUAUUAUUAUUUCUGAAUAAAACAGAAACAAUGAAAUUCAAAUAAACGUUAAAAGUGAAGAGGUAGAUUUUCAAUGACUUGCGUUUGAGAGUCCUUA